AAAUAAGUGCAAUCAAAUUAUCCUACUCGACCACCCGCCGACGACUACGAUCGACAAACGCAUGCAGCAGAUGUACUAGUCCCAGCCAAGCACGUGCAGCAUACACAGCGCCGCCCCUGCAGCUGCCCCUGUCAAACGCCCUUCCCAUCCUCCACCCACCGCGGCCCUCCUAGCGUCUCUCCCCAGUAUCCAUAUAAGCCCUACCCAUGGCCCCCCUCAUCCCCUCUCCCUCUCUCGCCCAAAUCACAGACCUCUUCGAGGCAACAGGUGCAUACCUCCUACCCCUGAACCUCCCCAAGAUGUUUCCCUCACUAGGAGCCGUGACGCUGCUGGUGUCUGCGGUCCUCGGACAGGGGUACUCUACGCCGAAGGCAAAUGGAACGAGCGAGUAUGUGCUCAAGCAGGGACCGCUGGAUACGCCGUGGACGGAUAAAGUGGGAACGAACCCGUGGCCGGAGUAUCCGCGUCCUCAGAUGGCGAGGAGCGAAUGGAAGAAUUUGAACGGCGUGUGGCAGUAUCGAAAUGCGAGUGGGGGCGAAAGUGAGGUGGAGAGUCCGCCGUUCGGGCAAGACUUGGGGACUUCGGUAUUGGUGCCGUUUUGCUUGGAGUCGGCGUUGUCUGGUGUGAUGGGCAAUUAUACGAUCCAUAGCUGGUACCGGACGACUUUCGACGUGCUGGAUUCCUGGACGGAGAGGGUGCUGCUCAACUUCGCUGCUGUUGACUACCAGGCCACAGUCUUCGUCAACGGGAAGCAGGUUGCGAACCAUACGGGUGGAUACUGGGCUUUUAACAUCGAUAUCACGGACCAGCUGAACAAGAAUGGGACCAACGAGCUUGUGGUGUUUGUAUUUGAUCCGACGAAUAUGUGGCCGUACAACGUUCCGAUUGGCAAGCAGAAGUUGAUCCCUGAACAUAUCUUUUAUACGCCGUGUAGUGGUAUUUGGCAGACUGUAUGGUUGGAAUCAACGCCGGUGGAGAGCAUUGAGAGACUCGAUAUCAAUGCUGGCGCAGAUGGCAAAGUCGACAUAACGGUCCAUACCACCUCCAAUGUAACUGCGACCGCUGAUUUCACUUUGUACGAACCCAACACGGAACUCGUCAAAUUCAAGACCAAAGUCCCCGUCAAUAAGGCCCACUCUUUCGUCGUGGACUCUCCGCAGCUCUGGUCCCCGGACAGUCCUACGCUGUACAAUAUCACUGUCACAUUGGGCAGCGAUACCGUGCAGAGUUACACCGGUUUCCGAACGAUAUCGAAAGGCGUGAUCAAUGGGGUCCAAAGGCCGCUCCUGAACGGCGAAUUCGUUUUUAUGUUUGGAACUCUUGACCAAGGUUACUGGCCGGACGGCUUGCAUUCGCCACCAAGUCUUGAAGCCAUGGUCUACGACCUGAAAGCUCUGAAGGAAGUCGGCUACAACAUGUUGCGCAAGCAUAUCAAGGUUGAGCCCGCGCUCUUCUACCAGGCAGCGGACCAACUCGGUUUGAUGCUCAUCCAAGACAUGCCCGCCCUAUCUACAUCUAGUGUAUUCAUCAACGAUGAGACGGCGAAGCAGUGUCCUGCAGUGUCGCUCUCGCCGUCUCUGGAUCCAGAUACAGUGCAGAAGGAGUUCGACCGGCAGCUAGCGGUGAUGGUGAACCAGUUGAAGAGCUAUCCGAGUAUCGUUACGUGGGUUAUCUACAACGAAGGCUGGGGCCAGCCUUGGGAAGGGAACGAUGGCGUCCGCAACACCAGUAUCGACGGCAUACUCACUGACUAUGUUCGGAAAAUCGAUCCCACACGCCUCAUUGAUAGUGUAACUGGUUGGCAUGACCACGGUGUCGGUGAUUUCCAUGACAACCACCACUACUCGUCCCCGCAAUGCGGAACACCCUGGUACUCGACCCCUUCCACACCGUACAACCCCGAGACCGACCACCGCAUCGCCAUACAGGGCGAAUUCGGCGGCAUCGGUCAAAACAUUUCUGAAGAGCACGCCUGGAAAGUCGCCGCGUCCAUCAACGCCGUCAACAAUACCUACGAGCUCGACGCCACGCCCGAGCUCUGGAACUUACGCGCACAUAUGGUUCUCAAAGAGCUCGAGUUCCAGAUCCAGGAGUACGCGUGCUCGGGCGCGGUCUGGACGCAAACGACGGAUGUGGAGGGUGAGGUCAACGGGAUGUUGACGUAUGAUCGGAGGGUGAAUCGCAUGGAUAAGGAGAUGUGGAGGAAGGAUAUACAGGGGCUGUAUAAUGCGGCCGCGAAGAGGGCUCAGACGAAUGGGACGAUGGGGGUGGAAGGGAGGGGCGUUGGAGGAGGGUAGAUGCUUGAGGCGUGGUCGUUGUGGUUGAUAAUGGGGGAAGUCGGACGGCGAUCUAUCCCCAGUAUACCUGGCUA